UAUAUUUUAUUUAUUAUGUGUAUCUGUUUACCACAGCACAGUCCUCACUCCACAUCAGGACUCGCUGGAUAGCAGUCGUAUAUUCAAAAGUAUUCUGAUUAGAAGAUUUUUAAUUAUUUAUAACCAAUGGUAUAGGAACAGAAUUAAUUUGGAAAUCAUAUUAUCGAUUUUAGCUUAAUUUUGAGCUUCUUUCGGUUUUAUUUUUCAAGUAGGUCCUGAAAAUUCGGAGAUGGUCGGUGGUAGCGUGCUCUGGUUCCGGCAUGGGCUACGUCUGCACGAUAAUCCGUCGUUGCAAAACGCUCUUGAAGAUAUUAACACGCCAUUAUUCCCUAUCUUCAUUUUUGACGGAGAGACAGCGGGUACCAAGAUCGUGGGGUACAAUCGCAUGCGUUACUUGUUGGAGGCGCUGAACGAUUUGGAUCUCCAGUUUAAGAAGUAUGGCGGGAAAUUGCACUUGAUAAAAGGCAAGCCUGAACAUGUGUUCAGGCGCUUCUGGGAAGUAUUAGGUAUACGCAAGAUUUGUUUCGAGCAAGAUUGUGAGCCAAUAUGGCGCGCACGUGACGAUUGCGUGAGAAACCUCUGCCGUGAGAUUGGAAUUUCGUGUCACGAAAACGUUUCCCAUACACUAUGGGAUCCAGACAGCGUCAUCCAGGCUAAUGGUGGAAUCCCACCAUUGACUUAUCAAAUGUUUCUGCACACCGUUGCCAUUAUCGGAGACCCGCCUCGCCCCGUGGGCGACGUGGACUUGAAGGGAGUCAACUUUGCGAGUCUUCCAAGGAGUUUCUACGACGAGUUCACUAUUUUUGAAGAGGUUCCCAAACCGGAAGACUUGGGGGUGUUUUUGGAGAAUGAAGACAUACGUAUGAUACGCUGGGUGGGGGGUGAGACAGCUGCAUUGAAACAGAUGCAGAACCGCCUGGCCGUCGAGUACGAGACCUUUUGCAGGGGUUCCUAUUUACCGACGCAUGGUAACCCUGACCUGCUCGGACCACCGAUAUCCCUGAGUCCGGCCUUGCGGUUCGGCUGUCUGUCUGUGCGCCGUUUCUAUUGGUGCGUCCAAGAUCUGUUCCAACAAGUGCAUCAGGGACGACUCGCGUCGACUCAGUUUAUAACGGGUCAAUUGAUAUGGCGUGAGUAUUUUUACACGAUGAGCGUGAACAAUCCGAACUACGCGCAGAUGGCCAACAACCCGAUCUGCUUGGAUAUACCGUGGAAGGAGCCGGAGAGUGAUGAGCUGCAAAGGUGGAAGGAGGGUCGCACGGGGUUCCCGUUCGUGGACGCGGCCAUGCGCCAGCUGCGCUCGGAGGGCUGGCUGCACCACGCCGUGCGCAACACCGUGGCGUCGUUCCUCACGCGCGGCACGCUGUGGCUCUCGUGGGAGCACGGCCUGGCGCACUUCCUCAAGUACCUGCUGGACGCCGACUGGUCGGUGUGCGCCGGCAACUGGAUGUGGGUGUCGUCCAGCGCCUUCGAGGCGCUGCUGGACUCCGGCGAGUGCGCGUGCCCCGUGCGCCUCGGCCGCCGCCUCGAGCCGUCCGGCCACUACGUGCGGCGCUACGUGCCCGAGCUGGCGCACAUGCCCGUCGACUACAUCUACGAGCCGUGGAACGCGCCCCUCGAGGUGCAGGAGCGCGCGGGCUGCGUGGUGGGGCGGCACUACCCCGCGCCCGUCGUCGACCACCGCGCCGCCGCGCAGCGCAACCGCGCCAACAUGCAGGAUUUGCGUAAAAUGCUUGAGAAGGCACCGCCUCACUGCUGUCCGUCUUCGGAGGAUGAAGUCCGUCAGUUCAUGUGGCUCGGCGAUGAGACCCAGAAUGAUAUACCCAGCGCCUAAAUAGAUCGACUACAUCGUCUGGUACUUAUAGUCUAUUCCAAUCGGAGAAGGAGUUAAGACAAACAAACCUUAGAUUUACUUAUUCCAUGCGAUUUGAUAAUAACUCUGGUAUAUUAUGAACUACAAACACUUCGUGAUUAAUAAAUCGUCAUUUAUAAUACAAAAUUUUUCCAUUUGCAUAUUUUUAUUUCCAGUUUCGAUAAAAAAUUCACCGAUAUCUAUAAUGAAUGAAUUAAUACCUAACAUAGAUUGUUCAGAAUCCAAUGAUAUCGCGUUUAUUCAAUGUCAAAUAUUUGCAUUUAUAUUUGUUGUUGGAAUAUUUAAACGAUUUUUUUUUCAGCAUUUACUAAAGAUAUUUUGUCUGGUUGCCGGUAUGUUGUUAACCUAAAGAUUUAUUUCCUAACUUUUUCCACAUUUUAUAUCAUGUAAUUUAAUGUAUUUUUAUUAGUUCAUUCGAUUUAAUGGACUCAAUAUCCAUGUUUAUAAGGUUGCGUUCUUAUUUUUACUCCCAAUAAGGUCCAGUUUCCUUUAUUUAAUUGUGAAGCGCUAUAUUAAUCAUAUAUAUAUUUAUAUGUAUAUCUUGAA